UUUUCUUACUAGUUGGUAGCACUGCCGGUUUCCGUAUUAAAGGGGGUAAUGACGGUCGAAGAAAUCGAAAUUGAUACGCUCUGGCAUUCUCAUUAUGAUUUUCUGUAAUCAUGUAUCCCACAUAUAAUUUCUCAACAAUUCAGUAGAUAUACGUUUCAUUACAGUUUCCUGUUAAAGUAUGAUACCAUCAGAUGCACGAAUAAGAUAUACAUAACCUAUAAGUUUUAUUAAUUUGAGGGUGGAUGGUCUAACUAGGCUUUUGCUUCCAAACCGAAUGGUUACAGAGGAGCAGGAUGGAAGAAAUGGAGGAUGAAUUACAAAAGAUGCAUGAUGAAGAUGGUUCAGAAGAAACAAGAUUGAAAUUUGACCAGCACUCAAAUGCAGAGGUAACCCUUGAGGAAGAGAGUGAGCUGUUGCAAGACAAUGGAGCUGCAGACCAGAGUAGUGAACAAGAGGAAAAGCAUUUGUUCACAUAUGAGGUACUGCAUAAGGAGGCAAGUAAUAUUAAACUUCCAUCAUCAUUAUGGGCCAUGCAUAAGGAUCCCAAUGGAAGGUUUGUGGCAUUCAGCAGGUUGCCAGCCAAUCACACAGGUCGCCUCAUAGCUGAUAAAGGAGUUGUGUUUGCAGAGUGUCUUGUCCCAGCUGUUUUCUUCAGAGAAAUGAAGCUCAAGCUACCUGCGGGGGUGCCGACUCAACCUCUUGAAUCACUUCAUCAAGUAUCUGUGUACCUACAAAAAAUUCAUCGCUUAGCAUUUUGCACAGGAACUGGUUUGCGUGACCCGAUCAGAAGCAUGAAGUGCCGCAUUUAUGUUGACAUGCCAAGUUCUGUUAAACGUUGCACUGCAUGUACUACUCAGCGACAGGCUGUUUAGUUUGCUGCUGAACAGAAGAAAUCUUGAGACUUUUUGAACAGAACUUCAACAAAGUCCAGACCAGAUUACAAAGAGCACUCUUGCUGAAGUCUUCAUUUGUCAUUGAAUAUGUAAGAUGACUGCUUGUGUUGGCAUAACCCAGAAACUGUACUAGCAAGUUUCAGCAAACGAUUCACCUUACAUACAUUUACAUAUAAAUGAACAGAAUAUCCA